AUGUCUUUGCAAUCGCUCGCAUGUUCGGAAGGAGGCAGAUUUAUCCUCCUACAAACAGCCAAUGAGGCCCAUCCAAAGUAUGGCAGAGGUUGGGCUCACCAACUCUCAACCGCGUAUGCCAAACAACAGAGCAGAAAGCUCUCAUCACAUUCGCUCACCGAAUCCGCCGUCGACAGCACGACAGCCAGAAUCGAGAAAAUUGGUACAACAAUGGACGACUUCAAGACGUGCAAACACGAAGACCUAUCCGCCGUGGGCGCACUCAGACGUCCUUGUUGGGUCACGGCUGUUAUACACCACAAGCCCACGAUAUACGUCUUAAAGCGAGCGUGUUCGGGAAGAGCAAAGGAAAUCCUCGCAUUUUACGACCAAGGCAUCAGCAUCUUCCACAACAAGCUGUUGAUAGUCUCGUCGAGGCAUUUGUGGCACGAUUGCAGAGAUCUAUAG